AUGGCAUCCGGGCCCAGCGACCUCGGACCAUCGACCUCGGAGGAGCCGUUGCAUCGGCCACGGCCCAAACCCUUGAUGCAGCUGCCCACCGUUUGUGUUUCCAACCUCUCCGAACCCACCGUCUCAAAUGCUUUCAGCUUCACACAGUACCGUAAUCCGGUCGAAAGUCCAUUGGUAUCACCGGUCUAUGUGGACACCCAUCUGGUGGGUUACUGUAACUUUUUGCGAUUGGGGUAGGGAAUGGUUAAAAUUGGUGGGAUGUUAAGGUUUGAUUAGGGUUUUAGGAUUGUGUGGUAUCAGGGACGUAGUCAUAGGCGGGGGGAAAGGCCGGGGAGGGUGGAUGGGGGGUAGAUUCACCCUCCCCAAAAAAAAUCUGUAGACGGCCCUUAGUGGACCAUUUGUUGGAUUACAGUGCUAUUCUUAGUAGGAUGAACAUCAUUUUUAGUACUAAGAGGACCAUUCUGAACAUUUUGAAGCACUGUUUAGAUGUGUUAUGCCAUAAAAAAGUUUUGUCGUUUUUGGUCAUUGUAAACAUAGUAAUCUGACGACAAGAUUUUUAAUACAAUGCAUAUUAUUUUCAGUCUGUUAAACUUUAAAAGCAGUACUAUUUUAAGUAGUAUCAGUACUAAUUUUGGUAUAAUAAACUAUUUUUAAUACCAAAAGUUACCCAUAUCAACCUACUUCAAUAUUAUGCUAAUUUCCUAAUGUUCUUUCGACUUUUUGACCCUCGAACUUCCGUGAAACGCGUCUUCCCUUUCCUAAAAUGACCAGUCGAGUGUGUUUCCGCUUCCCAAACACAGAAAUGACAGACGAUUGGAAACGUUUUGGCGACCAAAAUCGACGUCAAAUUUCUAUUUUUGCCAAAACUUGAUGACGCUCAAAGUCACUUUUAAUAGUUCAAGGAAGAAAAAAAAACGUCGUGACAUAUUUUUAGACGGUUUAAAAGUACAAUAAACGUAACGGAAAAUAGUUUUUAGGAUGGAGGUUUGGUUACUGUAGAUGUGUUUGAAGGGUAGGGGUAGGGUGUAGUGUUGGGUAAGGGUAGGGCAAAGGUAGGACGAGGAUAGGGAAACAGUAGGAUAAGGAAAAAUGAAAGGAUAGGGCAAGAGUAGGGCAAAGGUAUGGCAAGAGUAGGGCAUGGAUAGGGCAAGGGUAGGGCAAGAGUAAGGCAAAAGUAAGUCAAGAGUAGGACAAGUGUAGGGCAAGGGUUAAGUAAGGCUUAGGAAAGACUUGGGCAAGGCUUAGGCAAGGCUAGAGAAGAAUUAGAAAAGUAUAUACUAGACGGGUUGGGGAGGAAGAAUUUUUUAAGUUGGUGAGAGGCGUGGUAAAAGGAGAGUUAUUGGCUUAUGGUAUGAAAUUUUCUAUUAAAAAAACUAUCACAUUGAAACUUCUGUAUAAUGAAUCGCUAGGGGACUAAAAAUUUGUUUGUUUUGAGGAAGUUUUGUUAUACAGGAGCUUUAAAUGCACUGUGUAGUGUUAACGGGAUUGAAAAGUUUUUCGUUAUACAAGGAAGUUUUAUCUCCGCAGGCCGGGAAUCCCGCAAUUUUCUGAAAAAAAGUCAAUUUUCUUGUAGGGGGAAUGAAAUAAAAAAGUAAAAAAGUAAGCUGAUAUAAAUUUAAUAAAACUUAAUGAAUCUUGGUUUCAGGUAGAAGGAAUUCACGGUUUUCGGCUUCACAGUGGCGGAGCGACAAGCACAUUGAUGUUGGAUCGGCUGGAUCAUCGUCAUGAAAGAAUGUCAUCAAGUUCGUCGGAUUCUGGAGUGGCUUUUCCUUUCUCCCCUCCGGCUAAUCAUUUGGGUAAAAAUUUUUUGAAAUAUUAAAAUUUAAAUUUUUUUGGAAUUUUAGGUACAAGAUUUGUGCCAGAUUAUUUAAAAAUUCUAGCAUACUGUAACCUGUUGUAUUAUACUGUAACAUUCCAGGUCUGAGCUCCCCGUCCCUGUCGCUGUCGAUUUCGCCACCCGGCUUGUCACCACUUCAAAUCAGCACUGACAGUGCAUUCUCAACCCCCACGCCCAAUAGUGCAACAAGAAGACGAUCUCAUUUCACUUUCGACAAUGUCAAUAUGAACAAAAAAGGUAUGAUGAUCAGGUUUUUGUGGCAUUUUAUGCCUUAUAAAGAAAGUUUUUGCCAUUUAAUAGUUUGUAAAGGAAGUUUUUGCCAUUCUACAACAAAAACAAUUUUCAGAUGACGGGAUAUCAGACCACCUUCUUGAUCUGAGCAAGAACCUCCAAGCCAACAUGCUGGCCCAGCUGAUCCGCCAGUCCAAGGAACAGCUCCAGCAGUCCCAGCACGAUCCCCUGAGCGCAUCGGUUUUUCGUUCCGAAUCGCUGCCAGCCUGUAAUCCACUCCAAAAUCAACAGAUUCCCGUUAAUUUCGGACCGAAGAUCCAUCAGAACAGCCAGAACGAUCUUCAGAAGAUGCUCCACAACUUCAACAUGAUCCAACACGCUCAACGGUUGAACAACAUGAACUUGACCACACAUGCUCCGAUAUCAAGGACUGCUUCGUUGAAUACUCAACUUUUACCACAGCCAAGCCAGGCAGGGCUAUUGCAACGGCCACCGUUGAAGGUAAGGUGUUAUUCUUGGUUUUUUGAGGUAAAAUACGAAGAUUUGAGAUAUCUCUCCUAUAAUAUAGGGGUUUUGAAAAUAAAAUACGAAGCUAUCAGGGAUAACUGCCAUAAUGUAGGGGUUUUGGAGGUAAAUUAUGAUAUUUUAGUCAAUCAUAACAUAUAAGGCUUAUUUUGAAAUCAAAAGACAAACCUUUCGAGCACAAACUAUAUAUUUUUCAAGACUUUAAACAUAAAAUACGGUUUUAUAAACGGUUUCUUUCUAGUCACCGGCCAAAAUUUUUCAAAAAAUUAUUUUUUUCUUCCAGAAAAAGUAAAAAAGUGAGCUUUUUGUGGUCUAUCAGUGCUUUGGACAUUAUUUUUCGUAUUUUAAUUGAAUUUUAACUAAAAUCAAAUUCAUACGUUUUGUAAAGCAUAAAACUUAGUAUAUAUUACGAAGUUUUUUUUACUAUAUCUUACAUUAUAAAAAAAUUACAGCUUUCUAAAGGUUCAAAGAUACCUAUUUUUUGGUUUUUCUCCGGGAAACCAAACUUUUUUUUAAAUUUCGGACUUUUUCAACAGCCAUAACUUUUUUAUAAAACAAUAUAUAGGUAUGAAACUUUGAGAAUAUUUACUUCUUUUUAUGCUUUACUAAAUGUGUGUAUUCAGUUUUUGUUCAAGUGUAGGUAAAGAAUGGAAAAUAAGAUCGAAAGUUGACCGGGUCAGGCAAAAAGUACAGGCAUAAAGAGAAUAGCUAUAAUUUUGGGUAAUAAUUUACUUUUGUUUAUUUUUUGAUUGUUUUAGUAAAAAAAUAAAUAAGCCAAGUUUUUUCGAAAAUUUAUUGGUUUUUAGCGAUUGAAAAAAAGAUAUACCUAUUUUGAAAGUUUGAAAAUCAAGAAAAGUUCGAUCCCGGCCAGAAAAUUGGAGGUCAUGAGGGUUUGAGGGGAUGUAACCUUUUUACAAUUAGCGUUAUGAUCACAAAACUUUUAGGAUAUAUACUAUAUAUUAUGCUUUAUAAAAGGUAUUAAGUUGAUUUUUGUUAAAAUUUAGGUAACACUUGGAAAAUUGUGUUCAAAGGUGACCAAAUGAAUAAGGUUUAGGUAUUUUCGUGUUUUAAUGAAAAAAAUUGUCAUAGUAAUUUUUGUAUGCCUUAAGAGUGUUAAGGUUUACAAAAUAUAAUUUUUAAACGUUUUAUCUAACUGUAACUUCAUUUUCCAGGCCACUGUCAGCUCUCCGUUAUGUGGGACAGCGGCCGAAACUCCUCAAACUCUGCGCCGAACCGAGAGCACUAAAAGGAAAUUUAAGCAGAAUAGUACGGAUGAAGAGCCGAAGCCAAAGACAAACAUCAGUGUGACAUUAGAGCCGUCAGCUGAUGACAAUGAUGAAGAUAAACAAUUCAUGUGCCGGUUUUGUAAUAAGGUAGGUGAAGAAGGACAAGAACUUUGUUUACAGGAUGUAAAAUGGCAAGCACUUUCUUUACAAACUAAAAAAAUGGCAAGGAUUUUUUUACAUAACCAAAGAAAUGGCAAGAACUUUCUUUACAAAACAAAAAAUGGCAAGAAUUUUCUUUACAAAGCGAAAAAUGGCAAGAGCUUUCUUUACAAAACACAAUAUGGCAAGAACUUUCUUUACAAAACACAAAAUAACAAGAUCUUUCUUUACAAAACCUAAAUUUGCAAUAACUUUUUUUACAAACUAAAAAAUUGCAAGAACUUUCUUUACAAACUUUAAUUUUUAAUUUUCUAGGAUUUCCGACGUCCAGAUAUUCUGUCACGUCAUCUCCGCCGUCAUACCGGCGAAAAGCCGUUUUGUUGUGAUUGUUGUGGCAGACACUUCUCUCGUUCCGACCAUUUGCGAACUCAUCGACGAACUCACACUGAUGAAAAACCGUACAAAUGUGACGUUUGUCCUUAUGCGGCGGUAAGGAUUUUUAUUUUUUUUUAAUUUAAAGUUUUGGAACAUAAUAAUGUACAGUGAAACUCUUGUAUAACGAAUUGCUUGAGGAUUUAAAAUUUGUUUGUUAUAAACGAGUUGUGGUAUAAUAAGAGUUUGAUGUACAGGAGUUAUACUGUAUAAAGAUUAUUUUUCAAAACUUUUAUAUUAUUUUUGGUUGAAAUUUUACUAAAAAUGGCAUUUAUCGACAUUUUAAGACUUAUAACUUUAGUUUUCUCUUAUUUUUUGUUUUGUAAGCAAAAUUCUUGCUAUUAUACCAGGCUCGGACACAGGGAAGGGUGCUCUGUACCAUGCCUUGUAACAGGGCAAAUAGGGCAUGUUUUUAAAAUUUUUUACAGGGCAAGGCAUGCCCAAUGCCCUGAUGCUCUGCAUGGCACAUGGCAUGCAAAUUUGCCUGCUCUGUGUCCAAGCCUGCAUUUUACGUUUUGUAAAGAAAGUUCUUGUCAUUUUAUGUUUUUUUAAAGAAAGUUCUUGUCAUUUUUUAUUUUAUAGUCAAAAUUCUUGUCAUUUUAUGUCUCAUAGUGAAAGUUUGUGCUAUUUUAAUUUUUGUGAUGAAAGUUCUUGUCAUUUUAAAUCUUGUAAUCAAAUUUCUUACUAAUGGUGUCACUUUCAGCGUCGCCGUGACGUCCUAACCCGCCACAUGUCAACACGACAUCAACAAAAAGCCGGGCCUUCGCUUUUACCACGCCGAGUACGAAAAGCCAAGUACGAUACGAAGAAGAGCAAGCUGGUAUCACCACUAUCGCCCAAACCAACAAAGGUACCAUCCACCGAGGUGAUCAGUCUGAGUGAUAGUGAAGAUGAGGAAGAUAUCUUUGUUGACGUCACUAACUGGGAUUCAGAUGAGGACAAUGGCAUCAAGGAAUCGCUUAAGAAGACGGAUGUUACAGUAUCCUUGAAGGAGAAAGAUGGAAAAGUGAGGGAUACUGUAGAGGGUAGUACUCUUUUGGACAAACAUGAUGGUACUUCUGAUAUUAAAAUGGCUGGAACUUGUACUAAAGGAAAUGAAAAUGGUACUACAGGGUCUGAAGAUGGUACUAUUGGUACUGAAAAUGAAAGAAAUGGUACUAAAAGAAACAAAGAUCGUAUAAAUGGUACUAAAGGAAAUGCUUUUGGUAAUACUGCGAUAAAUGAUGACAAUCUCGCCCGAAAUGUCAUUUUGAGCAGUAUGUAUGGUACAAAUGGAACAGUACUGAAAAAUAGUACUAAGACAGAAGAUCUGACGGCAAAUAUGGAUUCAGAAGUUGAACGGGAUUCUACGGUUUUCAAGGUACCAACGAUUGUCAAAGAUGGCAUUACGAUUGGUACAAAUAGUAGUGGAAGUGGUACAAGAUAA